CCUAACAUUCCCUGUGAAUGCUGCAGACAUUCAUAUAUUUAUAAAAAGGCUUUGCUAGAGCCUCAUCUGUUCCAUUUCUGAUGCAAUGUGCAUAGAUAUAUCUUAUAUAUAUAGCAACAACAACAACAUAAUUUGAGGCUUGCAAAAAUCAAAGGUCCAGUUUGUUUUGAUUCUCUCUUAAUUCAUUACGUCUCAUUGUUGUUGUUGUUGUGUCUAUCUCAAAUGGCACAAUUACCUCCAAAGGUUCCAACCAUGUCACCAAGUUGGCCAGACUUCUCCUCCUCUCACCACCAAAAGAUGCCAUCAAUGAAUGGUGGCAUCAACAAUAAUCACAACCCUUCCUGGGUGGAUGAGUUUCUAGACUUCUCCUCGGCGCGGCGGGGCGCUCACCGGCGGUCGGUGAGCGACCCCGUCGCGUUCCUGGAGAUGCCAAUGCUGGACAAGCACGGCGGCAGGAACAAUGUCCACGAUGAUGGGGAGUUCGACAAGUUUGAUGAUGAACAAUUCAUGUCCAUGUUCAAUGAUGAGAUCUCUGGGGUCCACAAUAUGCCGCCGCCGCCGCCAACAAAAACAGCAACGUUGUCCACCUCCAACCCUUCAAGCCCUGAGGAGCAGAAUUUCGUCAAUGAUGAGAAAGAGACCAAGAAGGAGGUGGAGGAGCAAAAGAAGAAGGAAGAGGAGGAGGAGGAGGAAGAAGAAGAAGAAGAGGCGUGCCAUCACCUGCAGCAACAAUUGAAAAAUGAACCGGAUGAGGUUGAAAGCCAAUGCGAACAGGAAAAUCCACAGGGUUCAAAUAACACCAGUGCUACUAAUUCUUCCAAUGAUAGAAUUACUGACCCCAAGAGAGUCAAAAGAAUCUUAGCAAACAGACAAUCUGCACAAAGAUCGCGAGUGAGGAAGCUGCAGUACAUAUCAGAGCUUGAGCGAAGUGUAACUUCAUUGCAGGCUGAAGUUUCAGUGCUGUCUCCCCGGGUUGCAUAUUUGGAUCACCAACGCUUGCUUCUAAAUGUUGACAACAGUGCUCUCAAGCAAAGAAUCGCUGCCCUUGCUCAAGACAAGAUCUUCAAAGAUGCACAUCAAGACGCACUGAAGAGGGAGAUAGAGAGACUGAGGCAAGUGUAUCACCAGCAGAGCCUCAAGAAGAUGGAAAAUGCUGCAGCAGGGUCACCUUUACCUUCCCCAUCAACAAAGCCAACAAUGUGUGAUAAUACUACUCACACAGAAAAGGAACAGCAGCUUCUUCACGCAUGAAAGAAUACCAAAUGCAAGUAAGAAAUCCUACAUUGAAGAAGAAAAAAGAAGUGUUGAGCGGCCAUCUAGUAGCUAGCUAGUUCACAUGACACUGUGAUUCUUUAUAUUUUUACAAAAGAAAUUGCAGGAUUUUGGAUAAGAGAUGGGGGGAAGAAAAAUGGAAAGAAUUCAACAAAAAAGAAAUUGACCAAAUUUGUUUGUGUGCUUGUAAUGUAUUGAAUGAUGUGAUGUAGUUUGUAUGUAAGUGCAUGUUUGAAAAUUCUUCUUCAUUUGAUUCUGAAAAAUAAUUAAUUUUGUGGAAAAGUUUAUGUAAGUAGCUUCUGAGCAUCCGUAGACCGGACAUGGUGAGAAUUUUGAUUAAUCAAUUGAUGAAGGAAAUGUUCACUGAGAAGAAUCACGUUCUGGGGGUGGUGGUGGUAGUAGGUUUCUGCUAUGAAACUGUGGAGGCACGUGAUGUGUUUUACUUUAAAAGAAAGGGACCACUCAAAGUGUGCAUGAUUGGGAUGCAGGGUAAUACAUGUGCAGCAUGCAGUAGUGGCUUGCAUCAAAA